CUGGAAUCAUAUUCUUUGCAUGAUCAUUACUCUUGUUGAAAAAAAUUAUAUGGCAUUGAGUGGACUCUCAGUUCCAAAGACUGCUUUGUUUAUCAGAAUAAAAGCCUUUAACUUCUGUAAAAGAACCAUCAGAUUUUACAGAACUUAAUAAAGGAUGAUCCAUGUGUUCAAAUAAAAAAAGAAGAUUUCUUGCUGUUAGAGAAGAAAAGCACUCCUAAUAUGAAUACCAGGACUAGAGGGCAAUAUUAAUUUUCAGCUGCAUGGCCAAGAUGGUCAACAUUAUUUCAAGACAAAAAGAUCCAUAAGACACAUACACUAAGGCUCAGAUCCUCGGCUUCCUAUAAUCACAUGCCAGGCAUCUGUUGUGACUCAACACCGCCUGUGACUCAGUAUCACAACCCACUGUGAAGACCCAUGGCCUCAAGGGGCAUAACUAUGGAUCCUCAACAAAGAGAUCAAGCCAUUCACCAGGGCCAGUCUGGACCAAUGCCUUUCCCUCAGGAGGCACAGAACAACCUGCAGAAUUUCCUAAAGGGGAAGCCAGUUAUUCUUGGGGUGAGCCAAAUCAUGAUUGGCCUAAUAAAUAUUUACCUGUGGAUUAUGGUAAAAGUCUUCCUUUCAUUCUAUGAACAAUAUCUAAUCCCAGGGAAUACUGCAUAUGCCUUCAUUUUCCUUUUGGGACCAAUUUUUUUAAUCAUAUCCGGAACUGUGUCUAUUGUGUCUGGAAAGAAGACAACAAAACAGAUGAUCUGUGGCAGCGUUGGAGUAAACACUGUGGCGGCUGUAUCAACAGGAUUAUCACUAAUAGUCCUUGCACUCAGAAUAACCCUAACCUAUUACUUCUUCUUAAACAUAUCAGCUCAUUAUUUCAUAACUGGGAUUUUGUUUAUGAAGCUCACCCUCAUCAUCUUGGGAUUCAUCAUCUCGCUGUUGCUGUCUGCAUUUGGAUGCAGUGCUGUCUGCUGUGAUAUGACCUCAGUGGUUGUCGACUUAUCCUCCAAUGAACGUGGACUUCCCAUAGCUGCUCUUUAUCCUGACUAUGAUGAGGUGGCUUUCUAACCCACUUAGUUAUUUGAUAUAUCAACUUUUGAACUAUUCCUGGAUUUACUCUCAAUGUAUUAUUGAAAGUAAAUCAAUAAUCAGGCAGUAAACAGAGCCUUCAGUGUUCUGAAGGGGCGAAAAAGGUCACAGAUUGGCUGAUGUUGACUCUGCUAUGGUCGCCUGCUCUAGCCCCAGUCAUGAUUCCAUUGAGAAAUGAUAAAUGAAGCACAUGAUUCAUCAGCAUCAACAAUAGCAUCAUCUCACACCCUCCAUAAUAGGAAAAAAUGGAAUAAAUGGAAAGGUUGUAGGUACUCUGGGACUCUGGUGUGGUGUGGAGGGUAUGUACCAGAACCGCCGACCUACACAAUUUCUGAGAAGCCAUUUGCUUCAGACUAUAAUUUUAACCCUAUACUGGGGCUGUACAGUAGGCCAGCUGCGUAGACCAUGCUGCUACUGACCCUUUCCCUAAAAAGUACAAAUUUCAAUGAAAUAAAAGAAUUAAAAUAA